GUUGGUAAAUCAUCAUGCAUAUACAUAGUACGUAUUCUUUUGAAAGUGACCGAGCAGAUGUGUAUCAAAAUUGAAUUGACCAAGAAGUAACCUCCGCUUGGCAAGAACUUGUACCUUGACAGAUCUCAUGCCAUCUCUUCUGUAGACCUAGCGCGCCUGGCAGCCACCGCUCCGGAAAAGCUAGGUACCACCUCCUGAUCCCUGAACUUGUGUGGAGUACAAGACAACGACCCCCAGAGGGCCCAGACACCUUUAGGUCCCGUCACCCCUCGGCUACGAGGUGCCAAAUAGUUACUCUACAAAGCUUCGUCAACUGGGUUCCGCUGGCGGACGAAUAGAAGAGAGUAUCAUUAGACAUGAUAUACCUUUCACGACUCCCAUGGGGCCUUCGGGUUUCCCUGUUGGCUGCGCUCGCCCAGCUACAAUUUGUCCCGCUGGCUGCUGGAGCUCCGUCGGUCGAGGUGUCUAUGCAGGCCGCCUUUCCAUCUCCUCCAUACCUGCUGGAGCUUCUCGAAACUGCAGCACAAGAAAACGACACCGCCUAUUUUCCACUCCUCGAUCGCAUUGCAAGCGGUCACUUCGCCAAGGCCGGCACUGACCGGGAAUUGUACGAGAAGUUCCUCCAAGUAUUGCAAGAAGAUGGGCAUAUCACGAGCCCUGAUGCGCUGUCUACUUUCAAGCUGGCGCUGUCUAUGCGCUCAGCUGCACCCCGGAUUGAGGCCCACUACCAACACUACAGAACUGCGGUUGAACCUAAGUUCCAGGGCAAGGCCGACAGUUGUCCGGAAUGGAUUUUGAAAUCUGGAGAGAUUUUCUGCUCAGUCGACGAGACGAAAGGAGUGGCCAACAUUGUGGGGGAUGCACUGUCAAAAGAUAUACCUUUUGACCACCAGCUAGGCGAUGGUUCGGAAGGGGUAAUUCUUUAUGCGGAUAUCACAUCCCCGGGCUUUGGUGCUUUCCACGACACACUGGCAACGGCGGCGCGGAACGGAGGUCCCUCAUACAGGCUGCGACACAGGAGCAUCACCAUUGCCUCGAAGCAGCCUCUUUACCUCAGCGGGUACGGUGUUGAGUUGGCAUUGAAAAGAACCGACUACAUUGUCAUUGACGACAGAGCAAACGAAAAGACAACCCAGGACGAUUCUACCCAGAAGCCGCUGGUUGGUGGCUCUUCUGAGAUUGUCCUUAACGGCGAUGAGGAAGUUGCAGAUCUGAAGCCUCUAUCAGCUUCUGAACUCGAGGAGCUAGGAUUGAAGGCAGCAGAUUUCAUCCUCCGCGGCGACAGACCGUUCGAGACACUGUUGAAACUUACACAGGACUUCCCAAAGUAUUCGGCAUCUGUGUCGGCCCACAAUGUAUCCACGGGAUUCCGCACAGAACAUAGUGCCAACCGCAUGCUUCUGCAAAUACCAUCCGGGUCCAACAUCUUGUGGAUGAACGGUGUUCAGCUGAUUGAGCGGCAGAUUCAGUCAUUUGGUCUGGUUGACGUUCUACGAAGGGAGCGCCAGCUAAUCAAUGAGGCCCGGAGUUUGGGUCUGUCUGGCCAAGAAGCUGUUGAUCUCUUGUCUCAUUCAGAUGUUGCGUCGUCGAAAGCCAGCGAUGAGCCCGCUCGCUUUGACUGGCGAGAUGAGAAAGAGGACGGCAAGGUUAUUGUAUGGCUCAACAAUCUCGAGAAGGACAAGCGUUACGAGAACUACAGCCCACACAUAAUGACCUUAUUGUCUGGUGGAAUUCCGGGUCAACUUCCCCCUAUUCGUAGAAACAUUUUCAACAUCGUUCUUCCUGUGGAUUUCUCAAGAGCAUCUGACAUGGCAUUGGCGACCAGCCAACUCAUCGGUUUCGUCAAACAACGCAUCCCAAUCCGCUUUGGCUUGGUUCCCCUCGCAACUACUACCGAAGCAGAAGAUCAGGCCAAGGUUGUCUACCACUUGUUGCAAACAUAUGGGUUGUCAUCCCUGAUGGCUUAUCUCGAAUUAUGCCUUGACGGAAGUACAACGGGUCCCAACCAGGAGGCGUUCGACGCGGCUAUCAAAGACCGCACAGUGCGUUCCGAGUUGACGGCCUUGUCGCUCAAGGACGUUCUGGCAUCUGAGGCGUACACCAAUCAAGUGACUCUCGCGAAGCAGUGGUCAUCUAGACUUGGUGCCCACUCUGCGGUACCACCUCUUUUUGUCAACGGUUUUGCCCUUCCUCGGGACUCGGAGAACAGAUGGAUGGGGAUGAUGAGCGGCCGAAUCUCCGGUGACCUGCGGUCGCUGCAAGAGGGUAUCUACUAUGGUACCAUUAACGACGAAACAAAUGUGCCUGAAAUUUUCCUUGCGGAUGCUUCCAGUCGUCGUAACCAUUAUAUCUUCCCAGAAAACGACAAUGGCCUGACAAUCCUCGACGUAAACAAGGUUUACACCGAUCAUGAUGAUCUAUUCACCAAAGCCGCGGUUAUCGAGUCUAGUCCAGACUUUGACAGGGAAGCCUGGGCUCUCUUGACAGUCUUUGUUGAUCUGGACAGCAAGGAUGGGCGUGAAAUUCUUCUGUCAGCCCUACGAUUCCGCAGGAGCAACCCUGGUGUUCGACUCGAGAUCGUCCACAACGCUGUGAAGAAGACAUCUCAUGACAUUAACAGCAAUCUCAAAGAGCAGAGUGACCGUCUACUCGCGGCCGAGUCUGACGAAGGUCUUGUUGCAAUCUUAGAAGAGAUCCGACAUGCACCCCAAACCAAUAUUGGGCUUGAGUAUGCCCAAGCUUUGGAGAGAUUCCAGAGAGCAGCGCAUUUUGAGCCAGGUACCUCCAUUUUGAUGCUGAACGGACGCGUUGUUGGGCCAAUCCAAUCAGCUUCUGAGUUUAGCGAGUCUGAUUUCCAGACCUUCCUCGAAUUUGAACAAAACUCUAGGAUCAUUCCAGUGUACAAGGCACUUGAGGAACUGGGACUUGGGGAUAGGUUAUCAGAUCCAGUGGCGGCGGCCAAGUUGACUUCAAUAACCGCCUUGUCUACCAUCUCUGAUCUGCCAGACGGUGCGUUCGAGAAUCCCCCCACUCUAAGGAUAUCAUCCUUCAAGUUAUGGAACUCGACACACACAGGCUUUGAAGUCGGUGAUCCCUCCAAGGCUUCGAUUUUCUUCACUGCUGUUAUCGACCCCGCAAGCGAGCUUGGGCAGAAAUGGACACCUCUACUCAAGGUCUUGUCUGAGCUGGAGGGUGUGCACUUGAAAGUCUUCAUGAACCCUAGGGAUCGUUUGGAAGAACUUCCGGUCAAGAGGUUCUAUCGCUUCGUUAUGGAUUCCGCUCCGGUAUUUGACGAAGCAGGCAAGCUCGAGGUGCCUUCUGCUUCCUUCAAAGGGUUGCCGUCAGAAGCUCUGCUAAACCUGGGUAUGGACGUCCCACCGGCUUGGCUGGUGGCCCCCAAGGUCUCUGUUCAUGAUCUCGACAACAUUAAGCUUAGCUCCGUAACAUCUGAUGUCACCGCAAUCUAUGAGUUGGAAAACAUUUUGAUUGAGGGACACGCAAGGAGCACCGAUUCGGGGACUCCUAGAGGUGUGCAGCUUGUACUUGGCACGGAGUCUAACCCACGAGUCGCGGACACUAUAAUCAUGGCAAACUUGGGAUACCUCCAGUUCAAAGCGAAUCCCGGAAUUUACGACAUCACCCUUGAGAAAGGCCGCAGCUCAGACAUCUUCUAUGUCGAGAGCAUUGGCGCACAUGGGUUCUCGCCUGUUGCUGGCGAUGAGACUACUGAGGUCGCACUUUUGGACUUCUUGGGUACGACACUUUACCCACGACUUCGGCGGAACCCAGGCAAAGAGAACUUGGACGUACUGGAAGAGAGUGGCGCGGCACCAUCUGGCAAUGCCGGUGGUGCAAUGGACUUCGUUAACAAGGGGCUCAAAUUCGCCGAAAGCCUUCUGGGCGGCGCCAAAGGCAAGGCCAAAGAAAAAUCGCCUUCCGAACUGCAACACGCCGAGAUCAACAUUUUCUCGGUCGCAAGUGGGCACUUGUAUGAGCGCAUGCUGAACAUCAUGAUGGUCAGCGUAAUGCGCCAUACGAAGCACACAGUCAAGUUCUGGUUCAUCGAGCAGUUCCUCUCACCGUCCUUCAAAGACUUUAUUCCGCACAUGGCAGCCGAGUAUGGGUUCAAAUAUGAGAUGGUUACGUACAAGUGGCCACACUGGCUCCGACAGCAAAAGGAGAAGCAGCGCGAGAUUUGGGGCUACAAGAUCCUUUUCUUGGACGUUCUUUUCCCGCUGACGUUGGACAAGGUCAUCUUUGUGGAUGCCGAUCAGAUCGUACGAACUGAUAUGUAUGACCUUGUGCAGCUCGAUCUCCAAGGCGCUCCGUACGGUUUCACGCCCAUGUGUGACUCGCGAACCGAGAUGGAGGGCUUCAGGUUCUGGAAACAGGGUUAUUGGGAGCGCUACUUGAAGGGCCUACCGUAUCACAUCUCAGCCCUGUACGUGGUUGAUUUGCGGCGGUUCCGUGAACUGGCGGCUGGUGAUCGUCUGCGCCAAACCUACCACACUCUGUCAGCGGAUCCGAACUCCCUUUCCAACCUCGACCAGGAUCUGCCGAACCACAUGCAGUUCUCGAUUCCCAUCUUCAGCCUUCCACAGGAGUGGUUGUGGUGUGAAACUUGGUGCAGCGAUGACACUCAGCCUAUGGCAAAGACCAUUGAUCUCUGCAAUAACCCGAUGACCAAGGAGCCAAAACUCGACAGAGCACGGAGGCAGGUGCCAGAGUGGAAUGUUUACGACGCCGAGAUUGCGGCAGUCGACCGCAAGCGCAAGGGCUUACCAGUAUCCGGCGAUGCUGCCAGCGAACAGGCAGCAAAGAACCCCAAAAGCCGGACCCUGGCGGUGGAACCGGAGAAUACACACAUUGUGGACGAGCUGUGAUGCUGCAUAUUAGAGCACAUUAAUUUACGAUAUGGGCAUGCCAUGUACACAGACUAGAGUUCAGAUAUUAGAACAGUCGAUUUGGACUGUCUUUCCGGGCCACGGUGGUAUAUAGCAAGCGUUGUUCUAGAUAUUGACCUUUCGUUGUCCAUUUACCCCCGUUCUCCUUUCCUCCCAGCAACAAUCUAGUUUGCGGACGACUGACGAUGUACACCGAGUAACUAGUUGUACUAAACUCAAAUUAACGAUUACCAAGACGUCCACAACAAGCACUAUUAGCCGCUUUACUUGCGCAGCGGAAUGGCAAAAACACCAGAAAUAUCAGACAAUAUCCCAUAAACAGAAGAAGAAAAAAAUCAGGAAAACAAAUUGCCC